AGCACAACGUUCGCGUCAUCUGGGCUCGAUCAAUAUUACAAGCCAAGCUCUCAAUGGGAGGGCUUACACCGUUACGACACCGAGUUCACCUGGAAGUCGGAAGAGGAAAAGAGUCUCGUCAGAAAGAUUGACUGGCGGAUCUGCACCUUUGCCUGCCUAAUGUUUUUUGCUCUUCAGCUUGAUCGGAGCAACAUCAAUCAAGCGCUUUCCGAUAACCUGCUUGGUGAUCUGGGGUUAAAUACCAACGAUUACAACAAUGGACAGACAAUCUUCUACUGCGCAUUUCUCUUCGCCGAAUUGCCCUCUCAAAUGAUCUCGAAACGACUCGGGCCUGAUCGAUGGAUUCCCAUUCAGAUGGUAACAUGGUCAAUCGUCGCCAGCAUGCAGGCAUUCUUGAACGGCCGCAACUCGUUCUUCGUCUGUCGAUUCCUGCUCGGCAUGAUCGAAGGUGGAUUCAUUCCGGACACUAUCCUCUACUUGACCUAUUACUACAAAAGCUCAGAGCUUCCUCGCCGUCUGUCGUUCUUCUGGGUUUCUUACCAAGCUACCAAUAUUGUUUCAGCAUUUCUCGCAUUUGGAAUCCUUCGCCUUCGCGGUCAUAACGGUCUGGCUGGCUGGCGGUGGCUAUUCGCGCUCGAGGGCAUGCUGACCGGUCUGAUCGGCAUACUCUCAUGGUUUUAUCUCCCUGCAAGCCCUUACGAUACGGCCAGCUGGUUUCGUGGCAAAAAUGGCUGGUUCAACGAACAUGAGGAGAAAAUCAUCGCGAAUCGCAUCAUCCGUGAUGAUCCCUCCAAGGGUGACAUGCACAAUCGCGAAGGUCUCAGCCUUGGUAUGCUGUGGGAGUGUCUCUCAGACUACCACAUGUGGCCUGUAUAUCUGAUCGGUCUAUCAUGGGCCAUCCCCGAUACUCCGCCAACCGCAUACCUGACUCUCAACCUCAAAGCAUUGGGUUUCGGGACCUUCGAAACAAAUCUGCUCACCAUUCCGGCUUACGCGCUCUUUAUUCUGCAACUGCUCUUCUACACAUGGCUCUCCGAGAAACUCAACCAGCGUUUCCUUGUAUGUCUUCUUGGACAAAUCUGGGCUCUACCAUUCUUGAUCGCUCUCGAAGUCCUCGGACCUGGCACCAACCCCUGGGCGUACUGGGUUCUCGCAACGAUGCUGGUCGGCCACCCGUACAUCCAUGCCAUUCUUGUUGCCAUUACCAGUCGCAAUGCUGGCUCCGUCCGAACACGGACAGUGGCAUCUGCGGUGUACAACAUGACAGUUCAGACAUCCAACAUCGUCUCUUCGCAGAUCUAUCGCGAGAACGACAAGCCCCUGUAUCGUGCAGGUAACGCUGCUCUAAUCGGCAUAGUGGUGUACAACAUCCUGGUUUUUGCUGGUAUUAAAGUAUUCUAUAUUUGGACUAAUCGCAAACGCGAUGCGGUUUGGAACAGCAUGUCUGAUGAGCAGAAGGAAGAGUACUUGCAGACGACGACGGACAAGGGCAAUAAGCGAUUAGAUUUCCGUUUUGCUCAUUAG